UAAAAUCAUUAUAUUUGAUUGAUCUUUCCGAAAGAGAAAAAAAGGAACCAUCAAUGGAGAAGAAAGUCAAGCAUAAAGAGGAAGCUUUUUUGCAGCACCCGGUUCUGUUCAUCGCUGUUCUGGUUCUCGGUUUCGUUUUGAUGGAUCCUUUUGAGAUUGGACCGGUCGGUGGUAUCGAGUUCAGGCCAGUGAAACAUGACAUUGCACCGUACAAGGAGGUGAUGGGAGGUUGGCCUAGGGACAAUGAAAGCCAGUUGGGAAACGGGAAGCUCGAGUUUGUCGACGAAGUUUUCGGCCCUGAAUCGUUGGAGUUCGACAGCUUCGGUCGUGGCCCUUACACCGGAUUGGCCGACGGUCGCGUUGUUCGGUGGAUGGGCGAGGGUAUUGGAUGGGAGACAUUCGCCAUUGUUACAUCAAACUGGUCAGAGAAGGUAUGUGCCAGAGGUGUGGACUCAACAACAUCAAAGCAAUGGAAACAUGAGAAAUGGUGUGGUCGACCACUCGGACUAAGAUUCAACAAAGACAGUGGAGAUUUGUACAUUGCGGAUGCCUAUUAUGGACUCCUCGUGGUCGGACCGCGAGGCGGACUAGCCACGCCGUUAGCGACUCAUGUGGACGGGAAGCCAAUACUAUUUGCAAACGAUCUAGACAUCCAUAAAAACGGUUCAAUCUUCUUCACAGACACUAGCAGAAAGUACAACAGAGUGUAUCAUUUCUACAUAUUGUUGGAAGGCGAAACGACCGGAAGGAUUCUCCGAUACGAUCCUCCGACAAAAACAACUCAUGUAGUGUUGGAUGGCUUAGCUUUUCCAAAUGGAAUUCAGUUUUCUUUGGGCCAAACCUUCCUGUUAUUCACAGAGACUAGCAAUUGCAGGCUAAUGAAAUACUGGCUUGAAGGUCCAAGAGCUGGGACGAAGGAACUGGUGGCUCAUUUACCUGGUUUCCCGGACAACGUAAGAAUGAACGAAAAUGGUCAAUUCUGGGUAGCCAUAGAUUGUUGCAGAACUCAAGCACAAGAGAUUCUGGUUCACAAUCCAUGGAUGAGGAGCUUAUACUUCAGAUUACCAAUCAAGAUGAAGAUAUUAGCAAGAAUCAUGGGGAUGAAGAUGUUCACCAUGAUCUCGCUCUUUGACGAAAACGGCAGAAUCGUCAAAGUUCUCGAAGAUCGAAAAGGUGUGGUGAUGAAGUUAGUGAGUGAAGUUAGAGAAGUUGAGGGGAAACUUUGGAUUGGAACUGUGGCUCAUAAUCAUAUUGCCACUUUAUCUUACCCUUGAAGAUGUUUGCUCUCAUUUUACCUGCAAUUCCUCUGCAUUUUUUUGUCUAGACUAUAAACUGUGUCUUGUUCAACUAUCUUUCCUUUGAUUAUGAACUUCUUUUCUCUAGUUAAUCAAUGAAUUUGCUAC